CUCCUCACAUUCAAACCCGAAUUGUUGUUCAAUUUUGUUUUCAAGAUUGUACAGCAAUUCUGUUCUUGCUUGCCAUACGUUGAACAUUCAUAUAUUUAGGGUUAAAAUUAGCCUUAGAUGAGUAGAAAUGCUAGGUUAGUCGCGAUCCGUUGCUUUUCUUUUCCUGCCGCUUUUAGGGAAUGAGCUUUGGUUGUAGCUGAAAUCGUUAUUGAAGUGUUUGUUUGAAGGAGUAAGUGCAUAGAGUGACUGAGUUGAGAUGGCAGGAAGAAACCGCAUUCCUCCAGAAGCCUUUGGGCAACACCGUGGUUAUCUCCCCGAAGGGCCUAUUCCUCGAGGUCCUUUUAUCCGGCCUGUACCUCCUAACCCUGCUGUAUUAGAGGAAGAACUUGAAAUUCAACAUGUUGAGCUUCGCAGACUUCUGGGUGACAAUCGGAGACUGGUUGAGGAUCGAAUUGCUUUGGAGCGAGAGCUAACUGCUGCCAAGGAAGAGUUACGUCAUAUGAAUCUUGCCAUUGCUGAUAUUCGUGCUGAACAAGAGCUUCAAACUCGGGAGCUUAUUGAAAGGGGUUUGAAGCUGGAGUCUGACCUUCAUGCGGCAGAGCCUCUAAAAGCUGAAGCUGCAUAUCUUCAAGGUGAAAUUCAGAGGCUGAGCGCCAUCAGGCAGGAUCUAUCCAGACAGGUUCAGACCCUAAAUCAAGACCUUGCAAAGCUGCAGGAUGAUAACCGGCAAAUUCCUGUUUUAAGGGCUGAAAUCGAUGGACUCCAUCAGGAGCUGUUGCGAGCUAGACCUGCCAUUGAUUAUGAAAAGAAUGCGCAUAUUGAGCUGACAGAACAAAGACAGGCAAUGGAGAAGCACUUGGUGACAAUGGCGCGAGAAAUUGAAAAGCUUCACUCUGAGCUUGCAAGCUCUAGAGCAUGGAGUGCAGGUGGACCUUAUGGGAUGAGGUUCAGUAAUCCUGAUGCUAGUCUUCCUCCCCCUUAUGGUGAUGGCUAUGGGAUUCCUUAGGGUGCUAUAGAUAAGGGGACUCCAUAUGGUUCAAGUUCUGGUUCGUGGGGAGACUGUGAAAAACCACUAAUGAAUCGCAGAUAAGAUUUGGAUGGAUAUUCAUUAAACCUCAUGGAGCAGACCUUGCAACUCCUGUAUAUUUGCUACUCCGUAGAGUAAAGGGCAUGAGAGUAAUUACAUGAAUUUAUGUGUAUGAUUUCCUGUAGUUAAAUGCUAACGUACUGCUUGUCACCUUAUAUACAUGUGUAAGACAUUGUGGUUAGUAUCUGUCAACUUAUGGUUCUGUUAGUCUUCUUUGAGUAUAAUCAUGACUUACUAGCAGAUUCGACGCUAACUUCACUAUGUUUUCUAUACCUUCUUGUACUGUGCUCUGUUGAUUUCAUGUUUGGUUGCUCCUUGAAAUCAUCUAUGGAGCUGGUGGUUGGGUUCUAGAUCAUAUAUUUAGGGUAGGUAUGGCUGAGGAUUUUUAUGGUGGCUUUGUUCUCCAAUUAAAGCAAUCUAUGGAUCUAAUAGGAAUUUUUUGAUGGAAUGAGUUCUCCAAGCCACUGCUUGUCACAGUGAACACUGUGCUGAUUUUUCUGAUGGUGAGGAUGUGUCAGAGAUUGUGAUGUACCAUCUUUGUCAAGGAAUUUGAUGGCACCAUCAAAAUCUGAAUGGAGGUGGUUGUUUUGAAGUUGCUGAAGACUUUGUUUCUUGAUGUUUGGUUUACUGCGAUUUGUAUGAGGGCUGAUGGUCAUGAGUUAUUUCAUUUUAUAUGAUUUCAAUCAGACUUUGUGGGAUCUCAGUCCAUAUUGAUGGGUAAAAGUGAUGAUUCUUAAGAGUGAUUUGAACUUGGAUAUUACCUCCAUGCAAGGACAAAAUUGUGACUUGUAUUCUGUGCUUCUAAAUGAUGUGAUGAAGAUCAAAUUAAUGAAGAUCUUUAAUAGAUCUAUGGAGUUGGUUGGAUUUGAAUGUCUCCUUAAUGCAAGGACAAUGCUUCCUGGAAUGCUGUGCUUCGAGAUGAUCUGAUGAAGAUCAAACUAAUGGAGAUGAAAUUUCUAUUGAUGUUUCCAGGAGCAGCCAUCCGCUUUUGUGCAUUUUUCCUCGUGCUGCUUGGAUUUGAUCUGCUUUAGAACGAAAGAAUUGUCGUUAGCAUUUGUUGACAUCCCUUUACCAAAAUAGAUACUUCCUGUUGCUUGAUCGGAAUCAUUUUUUUUAAACAUUCUUUAAGCCAUGGAUUAAAGAGUUGACAUUUACCGGAAGAUUUCGUGUCUUUUCUCUUGUUCUUUGUGAUUAUGGUUGAGUUCUAAUGCAUUCUGUACUAUUUCGUCCCUGAGCUUGUUAUUGGUUGGUGAUGAGAUAUGCUUCAGAGGAGGAUUUGUUAUAUGAUAUAGUUUCAAAAGUUGCUACUUAGAAAUAAUGAUCUGUGGUUGUGAUAAUCUGUUUCAAGAAGUGAUGACUCUGAAAGGUCUAGUUUGGGCAGGUGAAAUAUCUUGUGCAAUAAGCCAUCUUUAUGAGUUGCAUAACUAGCAUACUAUGACAGUGCAAGUAGAUAGGCUUGUCUACUGACAUUUGAGAAGCUGAGAAAUAGGAUAGUCUUCUCUCGGCCAUUCCACAUGCUGGUGUCGGUGUGUAGUGGAAGCUCAUUUAGUAGACUGCCAGGUAGCAAUAAUUGUCCAUUUACUGUGUAUAUGCUGAUAU